AUGGCCCCCCGCUCCUCUUCAGUAUCUGCAGCUGGGGGUACUCACCCUCCUGAAGGUGCCAUGUCUAACAGAGUACAUGUGCUACCUGGGGCUGUCAAUGGAGAGGUGUCAAGCCUGUUGUUUCUGGAAAAUGUGAAGAAAUGUAAGAAUUUUCUAUCUACAUUAAUAAAAAUGACCUCAUCUAGUAAACAGUCUACAGAGACAGCAGCAAAUAUCAAAGAAUUAGUACAGAAUCUGCUGGAUGGGAAAAUUGAAGCAGAAGAUUUUACCAAUAGGUUAUAUCAUGAACUUAAUUCUUCACCUAAACCUUACCUUGUGCCUUUCCUGAAGGGGAGUUUACCUGCCUUGAGACAGUUAACACCAGAUUCGGCUGCUUUUAUCCAGCAAAGUCAAGAACAACAGCCCGAGAUGAGGGCAACAACUGCCCUGACAGCAGUGGUGAUGAGCAGCUCUAGUCAGUCCACAGCAGAGAAGACCAAUACCACUGUCACAAGCACUCUGCAGCCACCAGUCAUUCUGACACAACCCACACUGGUCAGCGUUAGCAAACAAGGACAACCUAAGCCUCUGGUUGUCCAACAGCCACAGAAACCAGGGGCAUUGAUAAGACCUCCACAGGUAACAUUGACACAAACUCCUAUGGUAGCAUUGCAACAGCCACACAAGUGUAUCAUGCUCACUACUCGUAAGCAAAUUCAACUAAAUCAGCUUCAAACAAUUCCUAGAGUCAAACCUGCUGCAUUACCUGGCACCAAAGCUCUUCCUACUGCUGCAGCACAAGUGGCUGCUGCACAAAAGAAUAAACUUAAAGAACCUGGAGGUUGUUCUUUCAGAGAUGAUGAUGACGACGACAUUAGUGAUGUUGCAUCAAUGGCAGGAGUAAACUUAUCAGAGGAGAGUGCGAGGAUAUUGGCAACAAAUUCUGAAUUAGUGGGCACAUUAACAAGAUCUUGUGAAGAUGAAACCUUUCUCCUUUCAGCACCUUUACAAAGAAGGAUAUUAGAAAUAGCUAAAAAGCAUGGAAUAACAGAACUGCAUCCUGAUGUAGUAAGUUACGUGUCACAUGCAACACAACAAAGGCUAAAAAAUCUCAUAGAAAAAGUAUCAGAAACUGCCCAACAAAAGAAUCUUUCUUAUAAGGAUGAUGAAAGAUAUGAACAGGCAAGUGAUGUCCGGGCACAGCUCAAAUUCUUUGAACAGCUUGAUCAAAUUGAAAAACAGAGGAAAGAUGAACAAGAGAGAGAAAUUUUAAUGCGAGCAGCAAAGUCUCGAUCUAGGCAAGAAGAUCCAGAACAACUUAGGUUGAAACAGAAGGCAAAGGAGAUGCAGCAACAAGAGUUAGAACAGAUGAGGCAAAGGGAUGCCAAUUUAACUGCAUUAGCAGCAAUUGGUCCUAGGAAGAAAAGGAAAGUGGAUUCUCUGGGACCUGGAUCAGGGACAGAGGGUCCUGGAACAAAUACAGCAGUCCCAGGAAGUUCUGGAGUUGGAACGACAGUUACGCGACAAAGGACAACGCGGGUCAACCUCAGGGACCUCAUAUUUUGUUUAGAAAAUGAUCGAGAGACAAGCCAUUCACUAUUGCUAUACAAAGCAUUCCUUAAGUAA